CAUACUUCGGGAUAUGAGUCCGGACCCGAUGCGGGCGACUGGCUCCAUCAACACAGAUCGGAUAGGACUCACGAUACCGCGGUACAAACACCUAACUGCACGGUCGGUGUCCGCGGACGCAAUUUGGACGAUCACCUCCCAACAGCUAUCCCUGAGGAACCCGACUCUUCCUCGGACGGGUUUUUCAGCCGUAACCAAAGGCCCACUCGAGGUUCAGAAAUACUGGUACGGUCUGAACAGAACCUGGAAAAAUUGCGAAGCUUCCUCCUAUGCAUCCUCACCGGGACCAAUUCGCCAAAGGCCACUGAAAACGGCACAGAUGAGGCAUCACCUGAGAUCCCAGCGGAAAAGAACGCCAGCUCGUGCAAUCGCGAAACACAAGCCUCUGACUGUGCCCUGUCCGCAGCGUUGGAAAAGAGUUUCGAAUGCAUCUCCGAAUCCACGGAACAGAAUCUCAGUAUGUUGAGCAGUCUGAGUGAGGAUCGCGUUAAAGAUGGUUCCCCAUGUCGGCCACUUGAUUCCGACUGCGUCGAACUAACUACCCGGUGGAGGCUGUUGCUGGCGUGGACGCGGCGGCAUUUUGAAGACCUGAGGGAGCUGAACAGUUUCCAGUCCCGUCUCAGCGAGCUGGCCGCUCGCAGUCGAGUCCUGUCUGAUGUUGCCGAUCGAGCCUUUGACGGUUCCAACAGCCUACCCUCGGCGGCUGAAAUGACUCAACUCCGUUCUGAGUCGACCUCUCUGCUCGAGGCAGCAGAAGCGGUUCACAAAGGCCUGCUCUUUAAGCGUCUCACUGGCACUGCCGCGGUUGUUCCCACCACUGGCGGUCAACAGUUGAUGGAGCUUCAAGAUCUGGAGACCCAAUUUGAGGCCGUAUACGACAGUCUCCUUGACAGCGCGAUCAAACAUUCCUCGGCGGUUACCGAUGCCGUAACAGGCGAAAGCACCAGGUAG